AUGAGAAGAAAUUCUGUUGGUGAAAAAAGUAGAAUGAAAAGAAACUACAAAGUGGCAGGGAAAGAAGUAACUUAAAAUAAAUAAAUUCUAAAUUAGACUGAGAUUAAACUAGAAAUAAGGUAAAAUCCUAUAUUGAGUUUGGCAGAGAGGAAAAGUAAUCAAAUAUAGAAAAGAAGUCAAUAUUUAAAUGUGUCGCCUGAGAAAAUUAAAGUUAAUAACAUAAAGUUGAAUUCCUUAGAAAUGUUCAUUAAUAUAUUAGUAUUCUUUAUUGUAACAUCACCAUAAGAGGAUAUCACCAAAUUAUUAACAUAUGCGAGGAUUUUUGCUACUCAAAACAAUAGUUUUAGCUUAUUUUUAG